AUGGGAAAGUUUAGAUCAAAAAUUAAGGGAAAAACAAAAGGAAAACGAUGGCAGAAAGGCCAGUCUUCAAAUUCUAAUCCUAAAACCCAAAAAUACCGAGAAAUGGCCAAAUCCCGGUUUUUUCAAGAAAAUUUGAGCAAUUCUGGAUUGACUCAGCAGGCUAUAUCAAAACACAAUGCUAUGAUGACUUAUGGACACAGCACAAGCAAGCCAAAAUCUGAAGCAGAAAAUGAAUUGACAAUUGCGAAAGAAUUUGAAAAUAUGUCUGUUAAAACUGGAGAUGAAGGCUCUGAGUCAGAAUAUUCAGGGUCUAUGAAAUCUGGCACUUAUAAAACAUUUCAAACUUUUGCUUCUGAUUGGAGUCAAUGUUCUAACGUCAGCUUUAGCAAAUUAUUAACCAAAUUCGAUUCAAAUAAUGCUAUUCAUAAGGACAUGUUAGCUGUACUGGCAGCAGUUACUGAAGUUAUAAAAGAAGAAGGUGGAAAAGAGACUACCACUGAAUAUUUUGCUGCUUUGAUGCAAACACUAAAAUCUUCAGAAGAUGACAACAGCUUAAUAGCCACACUGUCCUUACUAUCUAUGGGCAUAAAAUCAGUUUCUCAAGCGGUGUUAAGAAAACAAUUUUCAGAUUCGGCUUCAAUUUUUACUGAUAUAUUGGAAAAGAACGCUCAAUCUGAAAAUGGACAGUUGCUAAGGAGUGCAAUUGGAUGUCUAUCUGUUCUGUUGAGAGCUCAGGAAUAUGCUCUGUGGGGAGACUCGUCUACCAUGAGGGUUUUUGAAUCUGUGCUAGCUUUUGUUUUACAUUCUAAACCUAAGGUGAGAAAAGCAGCUCAACAUGCAGUGACUGCCAUACUUAGAGGAAGCUGUUUCAUGAUACCAUCUGAAGAUGAGAAAGCCAAGGUGCCAAAAGUCCAUCCAGCCUCAAACAAAGUAGCAGAGUUCUGCUUAUCGCAAAUCAAUGCCGAAGCUCUCCUCUCAGGACACCGCACGGUUCUGCACACACUGACUUUGCUUCGUGACAUUUUACCAGUUUUCAGCAAAGAAAAUAUUAAGACAACAUGCGAAGCGAUCCUCUCGCUAAUGACCCACAACAACGUGUACACGAAGACGUGCUGCCUGCACACGCUGCACGCGCUGCUGGCCGCGCCCGCGCCGCGCAGUAACCUGCCGGCCGCGCUGGCCGUGCGCCUGGCACGCGCGCUGCUGUGCGCGCGCCCCGCCGCCGCAGACGCGGGGCAGAUGCUGGCCUGGCUCACCGUGCUGCAGCAGGCGUAUGGCUGUCUUGCUGGCUUGGAUUUAGAUUUGUGUAUGCCAAAUCUGCCGCAAUUUGUGAACAUCUGUGUCUCAGAGCUGUGGCUCUCAGACGUGGCGGAUGUCAACGCCGCAUCCACUAACGCCUUGAAAGCCGUGCUCAUAGACUGUGUAAAGCCAGCAAUAGAGUCAGACGAGAGUCUCCUAAAGCACAAGUCCCAUAUCGACGCCAUAUUCAAAAGCAUCGGCACAGGUCUCGACAACCCCUUCAACCAGGCGAUCAAACAUGUCAUACUCACUAUUGCUGUGUGUUUUGAAAUAGCCAACGAAAAAAUUGAAUACGCAAUAGCGCCUCUACUCAAAAAACUAAACGAACGUCGCGAAAGUCAUAACUUCCACAAUGAAAUAGAGGCGGAACAUGCUACAGGGUGUGCAAUAAAGUCUUUGGGACCGGAAUUCGUAUUAAAAAUCAUCCCACUAAGAGAUGGGAAUAACAUUAACCUGGAUAGGAGUUGGCUUAUACCAGUUAUGAAAGAGAAAAUAACAAAUUCAAACUUGAAAUUCUUCGCAACGGAAAUUUUGGAAAUGGCAACAUUCUGUAGGAAAAAGUCCCGUGAACUGGCUGAGGAAAAAAAUAUGGCGGCGUCGCAUACAUACGAUUUGUUAUGUCAUCAAUUUUGGGCGUUGUUGCCCAGUUUCUGUAAUCAUCCCAAAGAUGUUAAGGAUAGCUUCAAAAUCAUGGCCAGGGUUUUGGGGAACGUUUUAAAGGAUAACCCAGAGUUCAGGCAGUCAGUUAUGCAAGCUCUCAGAAAACUCAUAUCUUGUGCUGAAAAUGAAGACGAUAAAGCUGAAUUGGCAAGAUUCGCAAAGAAUUAUUUGCCAAUUUUAUUGAAUAUAUACAUGACACCGGUCAAGGGCAGUGUGGCGGAAGGACAGAGAUUGGCUGCUUUAGAGACUAUACAGGUUUACCUAACAAUAAGCGAUCAAACAUUAAGAGAAGAACUCUUCAACAACUCCCUCCAACAACUAGAUGUGACUGUAGACAAUCAUUUCCAAAGAGAAGCCAUUCUUGAUAUAAUUCGUUUACUUGUGCUUUAUCAAAGUACUGAAAACAUAUUAAAUCUCUUCACUAACUGGGUGUUUCCUCUCUGCGAAACGGUAUUGGAAGAUCCGAAGAAAUUUAAAAAGUCCAAAAAGGAGAAAAUGGACACAGAAGAGUCAGCAGAUAAAAAACCACAACUUAAAUACAAAGAUAAAGCCAGAUUAUUGGAAAUGGAGCACAAAAAGGCGUAUCGUAUUUUAGAAGAAAUUUUCAAGAGUGACAAUGAGAGUUGCAAAGAGUUUCUUUCGAGCAAUUACAAGAAGAUAAAGAAAUUGUUGAUGACGUCAUUAAAUAAAGUAGCAGACAGCAGCAAGGCAGCCAGAUUAAGAUGCAUAGAACAUCUAAUUAACGUGACGCCGUAUCUGAACGCUGAGAGCAAGUUGAUAAAGAGUGCAAUCGCAGAAUCCGUAAUCUGCACUAAAGAUAUCAACUCUAAAUGUCGCCAGUGGGCCUUCAGUGUGAUAAAUACUAUUGGAAAUGUUCUGAAAAAUCAAGAAGGAGGCAUGCAAGCCUACAUCACCCUACUUCUCUCCGGUCUCUCCGCAUCUGAACCUCGCGUGGUCAGUUGCUCUCUCCGCGCUGUUGCCUCCGCCCUCUUCACCUACAGCGAGGAGAUGGGCCUGGAAACGGUCCAGGGUCUGCUGGAGAAGGUGGCAGAACACAUGAAGACCAAUAACAGAGAGAUUGUAUCGGCUAGCAUGAGCUUUUUGAAGGUCUACACCAAAGUUCUUCCAACAGACGUGUUAGCCGGUAGCUUACCUUUAAUAUUUAAAACACUAUCUUCAAUGGCCGACGACUGCAAACGACAUUCUCGGCUGGAAAUAGGAUAUUUUUUGUCUAGAAUGACAAGGAAAUUCGGUGCGGAAUUGAUUGAGAAACUGAUCCCUCAACAAGACGAAGUUAUGUUGAAAAGAUUGAGGAAUAUACGGAAAAUGGAUAAUAGAAAGAAGAGAGUCAGAGAUGGACAGAGAGAACAAGACAUCGAUUCAUCUUCGGACUUAGAAGUAAAGGGCACUUCCAAAACCCUGGAAGACAUCCUCAGAGACAGUGACUCAGACAUGGAAUAUAUGGAUGAGGACGAACGUCCCCGGUCCAAGGCUAAGGCUAAGAAAACCAAGGGCAAGAACCAGGCAUGGAUUCAGGAUGAUCCGGAGAACAUUGUGGAUCUUGCUGAUGUGUCAUCUGCUAGGAAAAUAACAGCGACGGAUCCAAAUCAAAAGAAGCGUGUGACAGAAGAGAAGAAAAAGAAGAAAGAUGGAGGCUUCAGGACAGCUCCCGACGGCAGACUCAUCAUCAGUGACGAGGCAUACGAUGAUGAUGAAGAUGAUGAGCCCCGGCCCAGUGGGGAUAUUGAUACUGAUACAGAUGAUACAGAUAACGAAGGAGGAGAUUCGAAACCUUCGAAGUUACUGAAACCAGGUGCCAAGCGCAAGUAUGACGAUAUUCUCAGUAUUAAGAGCGGUCGCACCAACCGCAGCCGCGCUUCCACACUCACGGUGGCCUCCAAGUAUAAAGCUGGUGGAAAGGGUAUACAUAGGCCGCUGAGCUCGGCGGCGUCGGUGGCGUCGUCGAUGGGAGCCGAGUUCAGGUCGAAAAAGGCAAAGGGCGACAUCAAGAAACAAGGCAAGCCCGACCCGUAUGCAUAUCUGCCCUUGUCGAGGAAGAAUCUUAAUAAAAGGAAAAAGGCGGUCACAACGAAACAAUUCAAGGGUAUUGUAAAAUCAAAAACAAAAGGCGUCAGAGUGGGGAGGAAAAAUAAA